GAUCUUUAUGUGAAAAUUUGCUCGGCUAUACAAAAUGUUAAAUCAAUCCUACAGCAACAGUCAGGCAAGCCGAACUAGACCAUCUACCUCUGUGUGAGAAAUCAUGACUUAAACAGGUUAUCCCUUAUAGAGCCAAUUGCUAGAUGGAUAAUGGGAUCUGAUGACCCCACGCAUAUUUUCAAACACCGAGUAGAUCACGAACGAGCGAGAGAUAAACUCCGCGCCUAUGAUAAUAUAGGAAAGUGGCUCAUUGAAUCGACCGAAUUUACGGCCUGGAGCGAUGUCCAAGAAUGUACUCGGUCAACAUUCUGGCUGCGCGGUGGAGGUGAAUUACUAGACAGCCAGAUAUUUAGUAUACCUAUAUGCUAAUAUCCGACACGUAGUGGGCACAGGCAAAACAUCCGUGAGCUCCGAGGUUAUCGAGUGGUUCUACAAAUAUAAUCGCCUACGAAAACCACGAAAAGUUGUUCAUGUGUAUUGUUCUAUAGACCAUGACUUCAACUUUAUGCUUCGCUCACUUAUUCUUCAACUUGCAUUUUCGGCAAAUGGCGUCUCAGUUCAGCGAUUGAUUACAGACAGAUAUAACUCUAGAGGCCGAGCUCAGCAGCUAAUUCUUGACAAGGACGAUUCCGAGUUAAUAUUGGAACUUUGUCGUGCUCAUUCGGAAACCGUCAUUAUUAUUGAUGCACUAGAUGAAUGUCCUGCGUCCCGCCGUGUACUUGAUACCUUGAAAAGUGUACAAGAAGGCUCCUCGAACAAAAUAAAGUUAUUCCUAUCGAGCCGUCUUCAUAUGGAACUCGACGACGUAUUUACGAAUCUUCAACGUCUGACAAUCGGGGAAAACACAACCCGCAUGGACUUAGAACAUUAUAUCAAUAAGGAAAUCGACUCACGGCAUAAUACCCCUCCUGGUUGGAUCCGUAUGGGUUUUAAAGAGAGGUUCAAACGCGCAUUAACUCAAUAUGCACAGGGAGUGUUCCGUUGGGUCGAAUUACAAGUUGAAAUAUUUUUCGACGAAAGUUUUCCAUUUGAAUUAGAAGAAGACGUGGAGAAUGAGCUACGGAAUCUAGAAAAGGGGCAGUCCAUAACCGGGCAUUCCAAAGACCAAUUGUCGAAAUUAAACGAAGCAUACGAUCGCAUAUUAAAAAAGCGUCGUCAAAAUGCCCGCAACAUUAUAACAUAUGCUCUCAAAUGGGUUUUAUGUUCUCUACUACCUUUAACAUCAGAAGAGCUGGUCGAGGCGGUAAUCCUUUCGCACGAGCGCAUGCCGUCGAGAAGAUCCUACGAACGGCACGAAACUAUCGACUCGAACAAGAUUAUCCAACUAUGCAGUAACUUGGUAUUAUUUACAGACUAUAGUGGAUUUGUAAGGUUUUCUCAUAACUCCGUCAAAGAGUAUCUCAUGAAUUCCGAGUACUGCAAUGACGAAUUUGUUUACGAAACAUGCCAUGGCUUCAUCGCAGAGAUUUGCCUAUGGUAUAUAUACCGCCGAGGAAUACUUUCUGAGUUACUAGGACCCUAUAUUCAUAUAGCCGCGCUCUCCCAUAGCUCUCAUGCCCAGUCCGACAACCGCAAACGCCAAGGACUUCGUGGUUUACUUUGCUGCUUUUGCGAACAGCCUUUGAAGGCGCUCGACAGGAGGAAUAUAGGGAGGUACUAUCUUUCCCUUUAUGAAGCGCAGGAUAGACUUGCUACUUCUUCCAAGCAUUCAGCUCAUGCCUUCAUUGCCGCCUGCGUUUUCAAUCUCAACGAUGUUCUCGAGCUUGCCUUGACGCGAGAGGCUACUGACUUUACCGCACGACAAGCCCUGAGACGAAAGGGUCUUAAUGCUGCAUGUAUAUACGACUCCUAUGAAGUGGUAAUGGAACUGCUGAACGGGAGGGAACCAGUUGAAGUGACUGCUAGGCUGGUUAGAGCGGCCAUAACUUAUAGUAGUGGGCGGGUGAUAACACUCAUCCUACGGAAUUGCGACAAUAUGGACAUUACGCCGGACAUGACAACGUGCGCCACAAAAAACAAGCGGUUCGGAGUUGAGGUCCUAAAAGCCUUGAAGAAUCACUACGGUAGACUCCCAGCAGAUAUAGAGACGUAUAGAUCAGCGAUGGGAUGUUCCAGCGAGAUGCUAAAGUAUUUGCUCGCCAAAGUAGAUCAUCCACCCGGGAUCGAGGACAUCGUCACGCUCGCUUCAAGCGGCCGUGAAGAGUCCAUGUCAACAGUCUUGCAUUAUAAAGAGGAUAUUCCCAUAGCUCAGAGUGUACUCCUCGGCGCGGCUCGGAACUCUGUCGAUGGACACCAAAUAAUGAAGACUUUGGUGGAGCACACUAAAGCGAACAUUGUCCUCUCUGAAGAGAUCCUCUGUGCUGUUGCGUCAAACAAGAACAAGGGUCCGAUGAUUUUUGAGUACCUCUUUCGGGCUUUAGGGGACAGCGUGAACAUUACGGAGGCGGUACUGGUUAGCGCAGCAAGAAGUGGUUGGCUAUUAGACGACCUCAUCAACAUUCUCAAGCGCCGGCCGGAUAUCUCCAUCCCUGAAGCUAUCAUUUUGGAUGCCGUCAGCGAUGAGUUUCACGGCGACAAACUUAUCGAAGCGCUGUUCAAUCACGACCCCAGAAUCGCCAUAAGUGAAGACAAUCUGGUAGCUGCAGCACAAAACAAUGGCCGUGGAACCAAGAUACUCAACUUUCUCAUACAGCAUGUAGACCGGAUUCGAAUCACGCCGCGAGUUGUAGCGGCUGCAGCAGCUAAUAAAUCUCUUGGAAAUGAACUUGUACCACUACUUUUGGCCGAAAUUCUCGAUUUGCAUAUUGAAGACACAGUCCUGGAAGCGGCAGCUGGAAACUCAGAGUUCGGAGAUGAACUUAUCGAGACAUUACUAUACUAUGGUGGUGAUACACCAAUUGGAGAUCGUGUCAUGGAAGCUGUGGCUAGGAAUAAGAAAAGGGGCGUAAGAGUUUUCGCACUACUUUUGGAACACGAUCCGAGCAUCAAAAUAUCCGAGUCUCUGCUUAAAGCAUCCAUUGCUAAUGGUAACUCAAAACUCUUGAAGGUAUGGCUGGACCGCAGCGACGUCAACUCGAAGAUUUCGGAAGCAGUGGUGAAAGAAGCUAUCCACGACUUCUCGACAUUAUUGGUCUUAUUAGGGUCAAGAAGAAAGGUCACUAUCACGCCGGAAGUCCUCAAGCUAGUAGCCGUAAAUCGCCAUGUUACAGAGAUUUUCCCAAUGCUGCUGGAUUAUGACAAAAUAUGUCCGGUCACAGAAGCUGUCCUCAUGGCCGCAAUUGGGAAUCCGAAUCUGUUUGGUCGCCACAUAGGUCUCAGCGCUUUUGCUUCUAAAUUUAACAAAUUGCUAGGUAGAGCUCGCAUUGGCAUCACGAAGGACAUGUUAAAGCUAGCAGCGGAAACCGAUUGGCGACGUAGACACAUAACCAAAAUCCUGCUGGAGUAUCAAGACGAUCUCGACAUCGGGGACGUUCUCAAAAUCGCAGCCCGGAACGAUUCGUAUACGCAGGAGAUGUUCGAGUUCUUGCUCGAGUGGGACGAGGACUGCCAAAUCACGGAAGAUGUUGUUAUCGCUGCUGCUCGAUCUUCAGGGGGGAGCAUGAGGGCUCUUCUGAGGUGUGGACGACACGUCCCUAUCACCGAAGAAGUGCUCAAAACGGUGGCGAGCCGCAAGGGACGGGAUGCGACGUCUAAUAUGGCGCUUAUUUUAAACGGACAGUAUGAUGUUGAGAUUACGGAAGAGGUGAUGCAGGCAGCAAGAGGCAAUAGCACUGAUGAGGAUGAGGAUGAAGAAGAUGACAGUAAUAAUGAGAUGGUUACAAUGAUAAAGACGUAUCUACAGUUAUGGAAUUUAACUACUUAGCUAGUAUUAAACUAUUCUUCAGCCGUGUUGAUCAUCCCCUAGUAUAUCUUAAGAGAAGUGAACUUACUGACUUAGUAGAUGCUAAACCAGCCUGGCAUUGGAUGAACGAAAAAGACUGACAGCAUAUGACCUAACAUUGCCUCUUCGACGUAUAACCACAUCUUAUAA